GAGAAGUUGCAACUUCUUCGUUCAAUCACUAAAUCUCAUGCUAUUAGUGAAACCUCAAUCAUAGUAGAUGCGUCAAAGUAUAUUCAAGAACUGAAACACAAAGUGGAAAGGCUGAAUCAUGACAUUACUACUACUACUACUACUCAAAGUUCCACCAACAAUACUUCUUCAUGGCCUCAAGUUGAAGUGGAAACCCUAGAAAAAGGUUUCUUGGUAAAUGUAUAUUCAGAAAGAAGUUGCCCUGGCUUGCUUGUUUCUAUAUUAGAAGUUGUUGAGGAGCUUGGCCUUAACGUGCUCGAAGCUAGGGUUUCAUGCACCGACACCUUUCGUUUAGAAGCUUUUAGUGGAGAGAAUGAGGAGAAUGAAGAAACCAUCAAUGCCCAAGUUGUGGCAGAAGCAGUUUUUGAAGCUAUUAAGAACUGGAGGGAAAGCAACGAGCAAGGCUAAUUAAUCAAUCAAUGUAGCUUAAUUAGCUAUUAAUUACAAUCUCUCUUUCGUUUUUUCUGAUCUUUAAGUUUAACUUUCCCCUCAUCUAGUUAUAUAAUCAGGAAUUAUUGGCUAGUCCAUUAAUUCAACAAUAUUAUUGAUGAUCAAAGAUCAAUAUUCAUUUUGCCCAGUUCAAAUGACUCUCAUCGACACUUGAGAGAUUUUAUUUUCACGUAACUUGUAACAAUCUGGAAAAAAGAAAAAAACUGUACUCUUAUUUAUUCUGUACAAUCUAAAGUUUAGCAGAAAA